GAGAGAAGCUGUGCGCUGGGAAGUUGAUUGGAUGAAUGGGAACAAACGGUGGGCGUUCAGAAGCAUCGGGAGAGUUUGUAGUCCUGGAGCAGGUUGGAGCUCUUCCCGGUGAGUCCCUGCGACGGAAGGCAGGGUGGCGGCCGUGGGGGCCACGGCGCGUCAGAAGAUGGCUCGGCCGGAGGUGCCCAGUGGGACUGCAGGCGAGGAUGAGCGGUUGGGACCACUUUGUGGUGCAGUUCUUCAGGUUUCUCUUUGAUAUCCCCUGCAGGGAAGGUCGCGGGAGGCUGUAGGGGAGGACCAGGUGUGCCCCGCCCACGCCCAGACAUCGGCCCAGCGCACCCCGGCGUUCCAGGAACCACAGAGCGCGAAAUGAACGCCAAGGAGGACUGGUGAACCCAUCCCGCGGCCUCUGUUCUGUGGAGGAGGAGCGGCACUGUCCAGAGAGAGCCCCACAACUCAGAGUGGCCACGUCUGGAAGAAGAGGGAAGAUGUAGUUACUGAACCUGACCGACGCUCCUGUGUCUCGCGGUGCCCAGGUGGGUCAGGAGAGGUCCCGCUGGCCCAUGGACACAUGGAUAUUCCAGGAGCCACAUGAAGAUGGAGAAGUCGAGGCACAGAGAAAUUAAGUGACUCUGCCACCAUCCCAGGCUGGGGAGGAUCAGGAGCAGCACCUGAGAGAGCCCGGCCCUGGGCUGCAUCCUGCCCACGGGGCCACGCUGCCUCCGUCCUCAGAGGAGACCACUUCCUGCAAGAUGGACGUGGACGCCGAGGAGAAGCGCCACCGCACACGGUCCAAAGGGGUUCGAGUUCCCGUGGAGCCGGCCAUACAAGAGCUGUUCAGCUGUCCCACUCCUGGCUGUGAUGGCAGUGGCCAUGUCAGUGGCAAGUACGCGAGACACAGAAGAAGACGGUCAGAUGAGCUGCCAUGGGGCGCGCCUGCUGCAGGAGGCGGACAAGGAGGACAAUGACGAGGAGUACGACAACUACGACGAGCUGGUGGCCAAGUCGCUGCUCAACCUGGGCAAGAUCGCGGAGGACGCGGCCCACCGCGCCAGGACCGAGUCCGAGAUGAACAGCAACACCUCCAACAGCCUGGAGGACGAGGGCGGCAAGGGCGAGAGUCUGGGCCGCAAAGGCGAGCUCAGCCUGGACCUGGACAGCGACGUGGUCAGGGAGACCGUGGACUCCCUGAAGCUGCUGGCGCAGGGCCACGGCGUCGUGCUCUCCGACGGCCUCGGCGAGCGCGGCCACGCCGAGGGGCUGGCGCCGCAGGACGGCAGGGGCAUGAACUACGUGGUGCUGGGCAAGCCGGUGAGCAACGGGCUGGGCGAGAGGCUGGGCGAGGAGAGCGAGGAGGAGGUGUGCCUGAGCAGUCUCGAGUGCCUGCGCAACCAGUGCUUCGACCUGGCGCGCAAGCUCAGCGAGACCGACCCGCAGGACCGCGGCCCGCCGCCCAGCGCCAGCGCCCGCCCCCACGGCCGGCCGGAAGACGACUUCCCAGGCAGGACGCCCGACCGCAGCUACUCGGACAUGAUGAACCUCAUGCGGCUGGAGGAGCAGCUCAGCCCCAGGCCCAGAACGUUCUCUAGCUGUGCCAAGGAGGUCGGGUGUCAGGACCGAGAUGACGACACCACCUCCAUUAACUCAGACAGGUCGGAGGAGGUGUUCGACAUGACCAAGGGCAACCUGACGCUCCUCGAGAAGGCCAUCGCCCUGGAAACGGAGAGGGCCAAGGCCAUGAGGGAGAAGAUGGCCAUGGACGCCGGGAGGAGGGACACUCUGAGGUCGUAUGAGGACCAGUCCCCGAGACAGCUUCCCGGAGAGGACAGGAAGCCCAGGCCAAGUGACAGCCAUGUCAGAAAGCCAUACUAUGGUAAAGAUCCCUCAAGAACAGAAAAGAAAGAGAGCAAGUGUCCAACCCCCGGGUGUGAUGGAACCGGCCAUGUAACUGGGCUUUACCCGCAUCACCGCAGUCUGUCUGGAUGCCCGCACAAAGAUAGGGUCCCUCCAGAAAUUCUUGCCAUGCAUGAAAAUGUUCUCAAGUGUCCCACUCCGGGCUGCACAGGGCGAGGGCAUGUGAAUAGCAACAGGAACUCUCACAGAAGCCUCUCUGGAUGCCCUAUUGCUGCAGCAGAGAAAUUGGCAAAGGCCCAAGAAAAGCACCAGAGCUGCGAUGUGUCCAAGUCCAACCAGGCCUCGGACCGAGUCCUCAGGCCAAUGUGCUUUGUAAAGCAGCUCGAGAUUCCUCAGUAUGGCUACAGAAACAAUGUCCCCACAACCACGCCGCGCUCCAACCUGGCCAAGGAGCUCGAGAAAUAUUCCAAGACUUCGUUUGAGUACAACAGUUUCGACAACCAUACUUAUGGCAAGAGAGCCAUAGCUCCCAAGGUGCAAACCAGGGACAUAUCCCCCAAAGGACAUGACGAUGCGAAGCGGUACUGCAAGACCGCCAGCCCCAGCAGCAGCACCACCAGCAGCUAUGCGCCUAGCAGCAGCAGCAACCUGAGCUGCGGCGGCGGCAGCAGCGCCAGCAGCACGUGCAGCAAAAGCAGCUUCGACUACACGCAUGACAUGGAGGCCGCGCACAUGGCGGCCACCGCCAUCCUCAACCUGUCCACGCGCUGCCGCGAGAUGCCGCAGAACCUGUCCACCAAGCCGCAGGACCUGUGCGCCGCGCGGAACCCUGACAUGGACGUGGAUGAGAACGGCACCCUGGACCUCAGCAUGAAUAAGCAGAGGCCGCGGGACAGCUGCUGCCCGGUCCUGACGCCCCUGGAGCCCAUGUCCCCUCAGCAGCAGGCAGUGAUGAGCAGCCGGUGCUUCCAGCUCAGUGAGGGCGACUGCUGGGACUUGCCAGUGGACUACACCAAAAUGAAGCCCCGACGGGUGGAUGAGGAUGACCCCAAAGAGAUGGCCCCAGAAGACUUGGACCCAUUCCAGGAGGCUCUGGAAGAAAGAAGGUACCCUGGGGAGGUGACCAUCCCGAGCCCCAAGCCCAAGUACCCCCAGUGCAAGGAGAGCAAAAAGGACCUGAUAACAUGUCCAACUCCGGGGUGUGAUGGGAGUGGUCAUGUGACUGGCAAUUACGCCUCACACAGAAGUCUGUCCGGCUGCCCACUGGCUGACAAAAGCAUCCGAAGUAUGCUGGCCACCAGUUCACAAGAACUCAAGUGCCCCACCCCUGGCUGUGACGGGUCUGGACACAUCACCGGCAACUAUGCUUCCCAUCGGAGCCUUUCGGGGUGUCCGAGAGCAAAAAAAAGUGGCAUCCGGAUAGCACAAAGCAAAGAAGAUAAAGAAGACCAAGAGCCGAUCAGGUGUCCCGUCCCUGGCUGUGACGGUCAGGGCCACAUCACCGGGAAGUACGCGUCCCACCGCAGUGCCUCAGGGUGCCCCUUGGCGGCCAAGAGGCAGAAAGAUGGGUACCUCAAUGGCUCCCAGUUCUCCUGGAAAUCGGUCAAGACGGAGGGCAUGUCCUGCCCCACACCAGGCUGCGACGGGUCGGGGCAUGUCAGCGGCAGCUUCCUCACGCACCGCAGCCUGUCAGGAUGCCCGCGGGCCACAUCAGCCAUGAAGAAGGCGAAGCUGUCUGGAGAGCAGAUGCUGACCAUCAAGCAACGUGCCAGCAACGGGAUAGAAAACGACGAGGAGAUCAAGCAGCUGGACGAGGAGAUCAAGGAGCUGAACGAGUCCAACUCCCAGAUGGAGGCCGACAUGCUCAAGCUCAGGACUCAGAUCACCACGAUGGAGAGCAACCUGAAGACCAUCGAGGAGGAGAACAAGGUCAUCGAGCAGCAGAACGAGUCCCUGCUGCACGAGCUGGCCAACCUGAGCCAGUCCCUGAUCCACAGCCUGGCCAACAUCCAGCUGCCUCACAUGGAUCCAAUCAAUGAACAAAAUUUUGAUGCUUACGUGACUACUUUGACGGAAAUGUAUACAAAUCAAGACCGUUAUCAGAGUCCAGAAAAUAAGGCCCUACUGGAAAAUAUAAAGCAGGCUGUGAGAGGAAUUCAGGUCUGAACAGCUGCUCUAGUGGCGAGACUCAUGCUAAGAAAGGACGCCUCUUGGUUUCUGCUGCUGUGACUUGCCAGAAAGCGUUCCAUAUUUAUUUCUGUCGGAACAGUGUUAUGCUUACGAGACUCCACACGGUUCUCUGUCUUGCUUUAAGAUAGCACCUGCAGAAUAGUUUUUGAAUACAUUCACAUUUUGUACGUUUUCAUAAGAGCUGACGUAGUGUGAUAUGCCAUGUAAUGUUUAUAGCUGCUACUGUAUGCACACUGGGGGUAUAUAUAUUUCUGAAGAGGUAAGCCGAUCAAAAUAAAUAGAGUGUAAAUUCUUUUUAAUGAUUUAGUGAUUAAAUGUUUUAGUAUUUUGAACUGAAAUGGACAAAAAAGAAAAAGAAAAAAACAGCUUUGAAUGACCAUGUUGUGGCCCGCGGCCACUUUUUAGACAUUAUCAUUUUGCCUCGUGUCGGAGGACUUUAUGGAAUUUAAGAAAUACAUUUUGUGUGCAUAUUGUUUCAUAGCGAGAAUUGGUUGCAAAAUGCUUUAUUUUUGAACAAUGCUUGGAAAUAUUAUGUGAUUUUUUUGUUUGUUUGUUUUAGGAGGAUGGUGUAUGGUGGGGGCAAUAAAUGAGGUUUUUUGCAUUCCAAGGAAAUGGCAUAUGGAUUAACUGUAAGACAUGAAAUAAGUAAUUUAUUGUAAGACAACAUCAAGCCAUGGAAACUUGGCAGAAGAUUCAAAGCAGCUUAAGCAGCACUUUUAAAUUAACUCCUAAACAUUACAUGGUGUGACUCUGGAGACUUCCGUUAAGACAGGACCUUGUCAGAGGUGGACGGCACGAAGAUUUCCUUUUGCGUUCUCAGUACCCUCUGGAACAGCCUUCUCUUAUCUCUCCUAGAGUCCCGUGCCCCUCUGAACUGUUCCCGCAACGUAGUUUACCUAACAGAAGUUGUGUGUUUUCAAUUUGAGCAAAAAGAUAAUUUAAGAGCAUUUAUUUCCCCUUUUCACUUUAAAAAAAAUCAUUAUCGUUGCUAUUCUCAUUUCACGUUUGAGGGACAGAAGCUGACGGCUGUGAGCGUUCUGGUUUCUGGACUGAAUUUCCUGCUGGACGGUGGGAAAGCAGCUCUGUAAAGUUUCCCACCCCUCGCCCCACCUGACCCUGACUCUGAAUCGGCUUUGGCCCUAUUCAGAGCGCUCUGAGAACGACGGACGCUUACGCUCUGCCCUCGCUGGGUCCAGGUGACCACAGACCAUUUGCAUAGCCUUCUCUGGUUAUCGUGCCCUAUUCUGAGAAUGAAUGCAAUCAGAGUUUAACCUAACUAAUAUACUGCAGCACUUUUUGCUCUGAACUAGGUCAUCUUAGACUUCUUACACCUCCAGGAUUGGAUUGUUCUACUCCAAUGACUGCACUAUCUGUAUGCAUAAGACCACUUUGACGGCUGCGUCCCCUUCUAAGUAGUCCUUUGACGAUGUGUUGUGUUUCCUGAUGUUGAUUUCUUUUAGUAGCAUCUCUCCCUUCCAUGUCUUGAUGUUAUGCAGGAAGUACAAAAGUACUUUAAAAUUUUGUUAUGAAAUAAAAAGAUGGGUUUUGUAAAAAUUAAAAAAAAAUAUUUUUAGCAGAACAGGACUUACAGGGUCAUUGUCCCCACAAUGUGCCAGUCGACUAUUUGCACUUACCUUGUCCUAUUAUCCGUACGGAGGUGUGCAAUUCCUGUGUCGGUCGCCUCGCGACAGGAAGCGGGCGGAUGAGAGCGGAGGCCCCACGGCUGACCCACCACGUUGCUGAGGGAGACUACAGGGAUCUCACGACGAACAUUCUGAUACAAUACCCGACCUCGGUAUAU